CAACCAACCUCAUCUUAUCUUUAAAAAAUUAAAGCGAACCCAUGGCGACACUCAUACUUGGAGCUCUACCUCUGACACCUAAAUCUCGCAUUUCCUCUUCUCAAUCUCAAGCUCUCGGCACUCCUCUCAGCUCCUCAGCUCGCUCAGUUUCGCUCUGUUUCACUCCUUCUCCUUCAAUCCCCAUCGUGUACAGUGGUCGUGGCGAUAAGAAGACGGCCAAAGGAAAGCGUUUCAAUCACUCCUUUGGCAAUGCGAGGCCGCGAAACAAGAAGAAAGGGAGAGGACCGCCGAGGGUAUACGCACCUCCUGCUCCACCAAGGAAAGAUAAGUAUGAUGAUGAUGAGAAAAUAGAUAUCGAAAUCGAUGAAUCUUUAUUCUCUGGUUAAUUCAGAUAUCCUGUGUUUCUUCUAAUUGCUGUAUUUGUAUUGAAUCUUGAGAUGUUAUGUCGUCAUUGUCAAUUUACAAUUUGUUCUUGUUUUUAA